CCGGCCUCUUCCGGAGCCUGUUUGUCUACCCACAGCCGGGGAUGGAGGUGGCGGUAGGCCGCGGCCCGCCAUGAAGCCACGGCCGCGCUAUGAGAGGAAGCAUCACGCCAAAAGCCAGGCAUUUGGAGCAUCCCACAAUCCACCUGGCACCAUGCAAGCCCACCCUAACAACCGCCACAAUGCCCCAGGAGACAGCGAUGCCCCCCAGUGUGCCCACGCAGGAAGACCGCUGGGAGAAGGAUCGUGCCAGCGGGGAGGGGACGUUCACAUCCAGCUAAACUCUGCUACGGUGGAGGUUGGAGAAAAUUCUGGCUCCAGGCAGCACCUGCGCUCAGGGACCCAUAGUCGCUCCCAGGCUCACUCUCAUGGCGAAGCGAGGGGGCCUGAAGAUGGCAGCGGAGAUUCGGAGGAACAAAGUGGCAGCUCUCUCUCGGAGCUCAGAUAUCUCCUCCAGUGGCUACACAAGAGUUUGCCGUACAUCUUGAUCCUGUCUGUCAAGCUCCUCUUGCAGCACGUCAUUGGCAUUUCUCUGGGAAUUGGGCUGCUAACAACUUUUAUGUAUGCAAACAAAAGCAUUGUAAAUCAGGUUUUCCUAAGAGAAAGGUGUUCUAGACUGCACUGUGCUGGGUUACUCUUGUUCCUAACAGGAUCGUCCGCCCUUCUGUAUUAUACCUUCUAUGACCAGUCUCUUCAUUACAGCUUGAUUCUUUUGAGUCCAACUGUGGAUUUCACAAACUUUUGGGAGGUGCUUUGGAUUGUGGGAAUCACAGACUUCAUCCUGAAGUUCCUCUUCAUGAGCUUCAAAUGCAUCAUUCUCUUGUUGCCUUUUUUAAUAAUGUCGUUUAAGGCCAAGGGUUAUUGGUACAUGCUUUUGGAAGAAAUCUGCCAGUAUUACCGUAAAAUCGUCCCUAUACCCAUCUGGUUCCGGUAUCUUGUAGGCUUGAGGGAGCAGGAAAGUACACUCGGCUGGAGUCUUGGAAUCUUGCUGGGUCUGCUCUAUCUUAUCCUGAAGCUUUUGAGCUUUUUUGCACACCUGAAGCACUUCAGACGGGUUCUGAGAGUAUUUUAUUCCCAACCGAGCUACGGUGUGGCUGCCAGCAAGAGGCAGUGUGCUGACGUGGAUGACAUCUGCGCUAUCUGCCAAGCCGAGUUCCAGAAGCCUGUUCUUCUCGUCUGCCAGCACAUAUUCUGCGAAGAAUGCAUAGCUCUGUGGUUCAAUAGAGAGAAAAGCUGCCCGCUGUGUAGAACAGUCAUCUCGGAUCACAUUAACAAGUGGAAAGACGGGGCAACUUCUGUGCAGUUACAGGUGUAUUAAAAGCUUGCUGCUCCU